UGUGCUGCUUUAGUUGGGGAAGACCAGCCUCUCUGCCCAGACCUUCCGGAACUUGAUCUCUCCGAAUUAGAUGUCAACGAUCUGGAUGACAGCGGUUUCCUGGGAGGGCUUAAGUGGUACAACGACCAAUCGGAAAUCAUCUCCCAUCCGUAUCCUAACGAGACAUCCAACAUAUUUGAGAAGAUAGAUGAAGAGAACGAAGCAAACUUGCUAGCGGUCCUCACCGAAACGUUGGACAGUAUCCCAGUGGACGAAGAUGGAUUGCCUUCCUUCGACGCCCUGACAGAUGGAGAUGUGACCAGCCAAAAUGAGGCCAGCCCUUCAUCAGUGGCUGACAGCACCCCCCCACCUCAGGAGGCCGAAGAGACGUCUCUACUUAAGAAGCUCUUGCUGGCUCCAGCCAACAUCCAGCUAAACUACAAUGAAUGCAGUGGCCUGGGCACGCACAAUCAUGCAAACUCCAAUCACAGGAUCAAAACAAGCCCUGUGGUGGUCAAGACCGAGAAUCCAUGGAGCAAUAAAGUGAAGAGCAUCUGCCAGGCGCAAAAGCCGCAGAGACGCCCCUGCUCAGAACUUCUCAAGUACCUGACCACCGGUGAUGACCCCGGUCAGGCCAAACAGACGGAAAACAGGAACAGCAACAGGGACAAAUACACUUCUAAAAAGAAGGCACUGUUGCACUCUCAGACGCACCACUUGCAAGCCAAAUCAAUGAAUUUAUCGCUUCCGUUGACGCCUGAAUCGCCAAACGAUCCGAAGGGUUCCCCAUUUGAGAGCAAGGCCAUCGGACAAAGCUUAAGUGUGGAACUCUGUGGAACUGCAGGCCUAACUCCACCUACCACCCCUCCUCAUAAGAGCAGCCAAGACAAUCCUUUUGGGACUUUGCCAAAGCCCACGGUGUCAUGCCCGACUGUUAUGCCACCUUCCCCGACACCUCGCUGCAGUGACUCUUCCAUCUCUCAAGGACGCAAUUUGUUCUGGAAGGGUCCGGAGCAGUCGGAGCUAUAUGCCCAGCUGAGCAAGACCACCGUGCUGCCCGUGGGCCGUGAGGAGAGGAAGGCGAGGCGGGCUGGCUUGACACUGUUCGGCGACCACGAUUACUGUCAGUCGGCCAUUUCUAAGACAGAACGAUGCGUCAACCGCUCCCUGGAACUUCAGAAUCCCCGUCAGGAAUUUGAAUUCUCAGGCUGCCUAUCCGGCUAUGAGUGGUGCCACAUUUGUUCCUCCUUUGAGCAGAACCGCCAGGAGGAUGAGCGAGAAGCUUCGCAGGCGAGGAAGCAGGACUUAGCGUGCAACAGCCGGAAACAGCUGCAAGACCAGGAAAUCCGAGCUGAACUCAACAAGCAUUUUGGUUACCCUAGCCAAGCGGUUCUCGAGGAAGAGAUGAAUAACACCGGCCAUCUGAGGGAGUACAGUCACUACAGCGAUGAACAGUUCUCUAAGCUAUCCAUGUUUAUCAAUUCGGGACUAGCGAUGGAGGGCUUUUGGGACGACGGCGAAGCGGAAAACGAAAAGCUGUGCUGCUCGUGGUACGGGACGCAAGGCUGCACCUUAUUUGAUACGUCACCUUCUUCCUCAUCCCUGAAUUCUCCAUGCAGAGACUCGGUGUCUCCACCCAACUCAUUUGCUCAACGGUUCCAGAGGCUAUGCGCUCAGUCGAGGUCCUUCCCACAGUGCAGGCAUUGCGCCCACUCUCCGUAUUCCCGUUCAAGAUCACGGUCGCCCGGCAAACGCUGCUCGUCGAGAUAUGACAGCUACGAGGAAUAUCAGCACGAGAGGCUGAAGAGGGAAGAAUAUCGCAAAGAAUACGAGAAACGGGAAUCCGAAAGGGCGAAGCAGAGAGAAAGAGAGAGGCAGAAAGCAGUGGAAGAACGUCGCGUCAUUUAUAUUGGUAGAAUUGGACCUGGCUUUACCCAAAGGCAACUGAGGGACCGGUUUGAAGUUUUUGGUGAAAUUGAGGAGUGUACAGUGAAUCUACAGGAUGAUGGAGAUAGCUAUGGAUUCAUCACUUACCGCUAUACUUGUGAUGCCUUUGCUGCACUAGAAAAUGGAAAUACUCUACGCAGAUCCAAUGAACCUGCCUUUCAGCUGUAUUUUUGUGGACAGAGGCAACGCUGCAAGGCUAACUAUGCAGAUCUUGAUUCGGACGACUUUGAUCCUGCUUCUACUAAGAGCAAGUACGACUCCAUGGAUUUCGAUAGUUUACUUCGAGAGGCGCAAGGCAGCUUCCGAAGGUAA